AUGCCCCGACAGAUGCACGUCUCACUUUUCCUCCUGCUCCUGUUGUUUGUACAGCUAUGCAGCACGAGUGGAAUCCUCGCCCAGCAGUUGAGUAAAGUUGUGCGGGAGUUGCCCGUCAAAGGAGAGAAUGCAUCGCAGGCGUACACUGUCUACACGAGGGGACGCAAGCUGAUCCGCAUUAAUACUUCAACGAGGGAUUUGCAAAACGAGAAAAAGUACUGCAGCAAGGAGGGGAUGUCGAUCUGGGAUUUUGAGGGCAAUCCCAUCAAAUGCCACAACUACCAUGUCCUGAAGACAGAGGAUAUGCAAUACCUGAUAAAUGAAGUCCUUCCGGCAGCCGUGAAAUUGCACGCGGAUCGUCUGCUCGUUGACCGUGUGAAUGGUUCGUUGGUUGUUCCUGAGUUUGAAGAGGAUAGUGUGUGCAGCUACUUUACCGUUCCAGCUUCUCACCACUGCAAGGGUGUCAAUAAUACUGACAUGGUACUCUAUGUGGCGGCUAAGCCUGUGACCCCAUUUGCUACUAUUUGCGCCAGGGAUGAAUCUCGCCGUCCCAUUGCUGCUGGCGUGAACCUCGCUUUCUACAGGAAGUAUGGACUACGGUACAAUGUUCGCAUCACUGCUCACGAGAUUGCCCAUGCGCUUGGAUUUAACUACGAGGACAUGGUGAACGCCAGCAUGGUGUCCAACAUUACGGCUGUGCGUGGCAAGACCCGUGCGCUGGUGACAUCUAAUAAAACACUGGAGAAAGCAAGGAAGCACUAUGGAUGCGACAGUCUCAAGGGCAUGGAACUGGCUGACGACACGAACGGUAAAAAUGUGGUUUCGUCACACUGGGCCCAUCGCAUUGCGAAGGAUGAGCUGAUGAGCAGCUACACUGUAUUCGGUGCCGGCUACUACACUGCCUUGACGAUGUCUGUGUUUGAUGAUCUUCCAUAUUAUUCUGCCAAUUGGGGUAUGGAAGAGCCAAUGGCUUGGGGCAACAACUCUGGCUGUGAAUUCAUUAACGGUACAUGCACCGUCAACACAGAGAAUACAAAGACAACUACAAAAAUGUUCUGCAGUAGAGGAGUCUAUUCCCAGUGCACAUCUGAUCGCUUCGCCGUUGGGAGCUGCACAUCAGUCAUGGGGUAUAGAGUGUAUACUGAACCAGAUGACUGUCCGUUUGCGAAACCAGAACAUGUCUACACAUCUAAUGGUAUGCUUUCCGCUCUCUGUACCCUU